GCAGCUGCAAAACGUAAACAACCGAGUAGUAAACAACAGAGAGCAUAAAAAUCUCGCGAAUCGCGUAAAAUCGCCCCAAAUUUUGCACAUAAACAAACCGACCCACACAGUGAAAUUUUCCGCCUCGCAAGAAAAGGAUCACGGUGCUGCUCGGUCAUCCUGCAAAGGCACAUUCACAUUCCGUUGUCACAGGCGUUCGCGAACGGUCCGCGUUGCAAUUUCGCGUGUGCAAAGCGUGUGAUUUUCUCACCAUCAUUGUCAUUGAUAAUCGGUGCAGUGACCUCGGGAACCGAACCCCCCUUUAUUAGUGAAAACCCAUCCUGGGCUGGAAAGUAAAUUGAAGAAUCGUCGAAAAUGUUGAAUUUCCUCUCAUCGAAGAAGUCAUCAGGUGCUGGUCCGCUGCAAGGCUACAAGAUUACCAAUGUGGACCGGAGCAAAAAGUACGGCGUGGCCGCGGAUUCGCUUCGGAUGCUGAAAACGAAAGCCUCCGAAAAGUUCAAGCUGCAAAACUGUCGCGUCUAUCUGGCCCGCGAAGGCGUCGAGGUAUUGGAUGAGGAUUACUUUCACACCCUUCCGGCCCAGGUUCUGUUCGUAGUCGCCGAGAAAGACAUUAUCGUAAAAACUGAUUUUCAGCUCAUGUAUGACGCAAUCAAGUCCACCCAUAGCGAACUGCUGCAGGCUGGCACGCUGGUCCAGGAGUUCGUUAGCAAUAAUCAGGGCGAGAUAGCGAAACUGCUGCACAAUGCUCAGCGCUCCCAGGACGAACAGACCCUGAAAAGUCACCGAAGUGAACACGCGGAAUGGUUUGAAGGAAUCGAUGAGAAGUCUGGUCAAACCAAGGAGGAAGUUAUGCAACGUCGCGGCCAGGAUCGUAUUCGAGGCUAUUUUUACAAAACUAAGGACGAGCUAACGAAGUGUGCCAUCUACCGACAGAAUGCGAUGGCCAAGGAGCUGAUCGACGAAAUGCUGGAUCUGUUUCGUCAACUGUUAAGCGGUUUCGACUUUUUUAGCUGUAUAUUCGACCGUAGCCAUUCGCGGCGAUUGACAGAGGGCGCGGUUUCAAAUUUAGUACUAACCACCGAAGAGCAUAAGCGUAAUCAAGGCGGAGGAGACGAAGUCGACGCGCCAAGGAUAAUGCCGAAACGAAUGAAGUUGGCAAUCGAGAAGUCGCUUCAGAACGAUGGUAAUGCAAUCGAGAAGUACCGGGUGGCACUUUGCAACGACAGGGGAGAUUUUAGUUGUAUGGGCCUGUGGAAUGAAACGACGUGCAAAUACGAGGCACAUAUUAUCAAUCCGUACGUCAGUAGGGAGAACAUGAUACUGUUUCAAGUGUGGAAUUUGGACCACCAGGUGGAAAUUCGUCGCACGGUUCUUCCAUCUAUUGUGGAAAACUUGAAACGUGUCAUCGAGAACGAGGCAGAUGCAAUCUGUAAGAUACAUAACCGUAGGGGUAAGAAACUUUCUGUGAUAACUUAUUUUAUUGAGCUUUUUACGCUUGGGAACCUGAAAUUAGUUCAUAUUGUUUGCCACGACAAAAGUAUUCAUGAUAUGAUCUCGAAGGGUAGCAUUAUCUGUGACAAAUGUGCAGAGUACAAGUAUAUUAAGGAAUUCCAAAAGAAAAUACGCUUCAAUAAAAACGGAUUAAUGUAGA